UGUGAUCUCUGAAAGCGGAAGCCAUGUUGGAUGAGACUGUCGACUUUAUCGCCGAUGCAUCCUAAUCAGGGAUGGAUACUUAUAAAUCAGUGACAUUCUUGAGCAAGAUGAGGAUUUGGUCACAUCGAAUCUAAUUUAAGAUGGCGCUCAAAAAGGUGAAAGGGACCCUAGAACGGGUCCUGGACAAGAAUUUGCAAGAUCUUGUACGAGGCAUAAGAAAUCACAAGGAAAAUGAGGCCAAGUACAUAGCAGAAUGCAUCGACGAGAUCAAACAGGAAUUGAAGCAGGAAAAUCUGGCCAUCAAGUCCAAUGCCGUCAACAAACUCACCUAUCUCCAGAUGCUGGGCUACGACAUCAGUUGGGCUGCUUUCAACAUCAUCGAGGUCAUGAGCUCAACCAAGUUCACUAUAAAACGGAUUGGAUAUUUGUCGGCUUCGCAGUGUUUUCAUGAUGAGACGGACGUCCUCAUGUUGACAACGAACAUGAUCAGAAAGGAUCUCAGCAGUCAGAACAUUUACGAUGCUGGCGUGGCUCUCAGCGGGCUGUCAUGUUUCAUCACGGCAGACUUGGCCAGGGAUCUUGCUAAUGACAUCAUGACACUGAUGACAUCAUCUCGGCCGUAUCUGCGGAAGAAGGCAGUACUCAUCAUGUACAAAGUAUUCCUCCAGUUUCCCGAGGCUCUCCGACCUGCAUUCCCCAGGCUGAAGGAGAAACUAGAAGACGCAGACCCUGGUGUCCAGUCUGCAGCGGUCAAUGUCAUCUGUGAGCUGGCCAGGAAGAACCCCAAGAACUAUCUGUCUCUAGCUCCUCUCUUCUUUAAACUGAUGACCAGCUCCACCAACAACUGGGUCCUCAUCAAGAUUAUCAAACUGUUCAGUGCGUUAACACCUCUUGAACCUCGACUUGGGAAGAAACUGAUCGAACCUCUGACCAACUUGAUUCAUAGCACGUCGGCCAUGUCGCUGUUAUAUGAAUGUAUUAACACCGUGAUAGCAGUCCUCCUUUCUAUAUCUUCAGGCAUCCCCAACCACACCGCCUCAAUUCAGCUUUGUGUUCAGAAACUUCGCAUCCUAAUUGAGGAUUCUGAUCAAAACUUGAAGUACCUUGGUCUCCUUGCAAUGUCUCGGAUCUUGGCCACACACCCCAAGAGUGUUCAGAUGCACAAGGACCUCAUCCUGCAAUGUCUGGAUGACAAGGACGAGUCAAUACGACUGCGGGCAUUAGACCUUCUCUAUGGAAUGGUGUCGAAGAAGAAUUUGAUGGAGAUUGUGAAGAAGUUGAUGAUUCACAUGGACAAAGCAGAGGGGUCACACUAUCGGGAUGAACUGCUGUCAAAGAUCAUCCUCAUCAGCAGCCAGUCUAACUACCAGUUUGUGACCAACUUUGAGUGGUAUGUGAGUAUCUUGGUGGAGCUGACACGGAUGGAGGGCACCCGACAUGGAAAGAUGAUCGCUAGUCAGAUGCUGGACGUAGCCAUCAGAGUGCAGGCCAUCAGGCAGUUUGCUGUGGAUCAGAUGGCAAUCCUGCUGGAGAAUUCCCAUGUGUUGGCCAACAACUCCCAGCGUAAUGGCAUCUGUGAGGUCCUGUAUGCUGCAGCUUGGAUAUGUGGAGAAUUUUCAGAAUGCCUAAAGGACCCAAAGUCCACACUGGAGGCCAUGCUUCGUCCCAAGAUCACCAUCCUGCCAGGCCACAUACAGAGUGUAUAUGUACAGAACAUCCUGAAGCUGUAUGGCAAGGUGGUGCGGCAGGCAGAGGAUGAUGGGGAGGAGGACCUGCUCCGGGAGGUCAACCAGCUCAUGUCUGAGAAGCUGCCCAUCUUCGUCUCCAGUGCUGACCUGGAGGUGCAGGAAAGAGCUUGCUGUAUCUUACAACUGGUGAAGUAUGUCAGCAAACUCUUAGACAAAGGUGCUAAAAUCGGAGAUGACAUAGAGCUGUUAUAUGCAGGAGAGCUCAACCCAGUCGCUCCUAAAGCUCAGAGAAAAGUGCCAGUACCAGAGGGACUGGAUCUAGAUAAGUGGAUAAAUCAGCCACCACCCGAGAGUUCAGAUGAGGAAAUUGGGGGCCCGGCCUUCUUUACCUCAGGAUCAGAACACAGGGAUACCUACCAGUAUGAAAGUGAAAGGAAAUCCUAUGAACCUACAGCAGAAGAGUUAGAGAAGAGGCGGGAAGCCAGGAAAGUCGAGAUGGAACACAAUCCCCACUACCUGAAGGGAGAUAUCAAAAAGAAGAGCAAGAAGUAUGAUACCAGUCACAUUGACGACAUCCCAGUAGCUACGUUAGACUUGUCGGUGCCGCUCCAUGUGCCAGGUCUGUCUGCCUCAGAUAAAUAUUUAAAUAUGUAUUCAAAUGUAGACACGCGGGACAAGUCCAAAAAAGGAAAGAAAGGCAAGAAGAAGAAGAGGAGGAAAGGGAAGGAAACCGACUCGGAGGAGGACCUCCCUGCAAUGCAUGCUGUCAGCACUGUAGAGGAAAUGCCUGAGGGUGCUCACCUCUCAGACAAUGAAAAUGCUGAUGAAUACUCAUCAGAUCCCUUCAAGAAAUUGGAUGUUAAUCUGGAUGAACCACUGCGAGAUGAUGAGAAGCUGCCGGUGAGGCAACACAGACUGGUGCUGGAGGCAUCGCCGGACAAGGAGCUAGACGGAGACACAGAGAAGACCAAGAAAAAACACAGGAAGGAGAAGGAAAAGAAGAAAGACAAGAAGGAAAAGAAGGAGAAGAAAGAGAAGCGUGACAAGAAGAAAUCAAAGUCGGAAAAUAAGGAAAAGGAUGGCCCAACACUGCUUCUGACGGCGGCAGAGGAGGAGACAGCAUCAGAGGCUAACAUCGUCAACAAUGUUGAAAAUACAGCCAACAGCACGAGCCCUCCAGAAGAACAAUCAGAUAAGACCAAUGACAUAGAGUUCUGGCUGUCAGGAAGUGAUGCUGCCACAACCCCCUCCCCUGUAAAAGACUCAAGGCCAGUGGUGAAUAAUGUAGAUCGAACCAAGUCACCCAAACUCACAGUCAACGAUGUUCUGUCAUCAGAAGAAGAAGAUGGUGCUAAGGUUAACGAGGAGAAGCCAAAGAAAAAGAAGGAGAAACGUGGGAGUAAGAAAGAGAAGAAGGAGAAGAAAGACAAGAAGAAGAAAGACAAGCUGCGGCGGCAUGAGUAUGAGGAGGCUGAGGGUAUCACCACCCCAUCGAAAGAGAACAUCUCCAUGUCCCAGCAGGGCACACCCAUGGAGGUACAGCUUCCGCCUAUGUCCAGUUAUAAGCUCCUUGCUGAAAAUGCCACUCUUAGGAUGACGUACGAGACACGAGUAUCCCCACAGCGUAGUGACCAGAUCAUCAUCUCGGUAGUGUUCAAUAAUCAGACCAAGAACCACUUAAAGGACCUGGAGUUUAAUGUCCUGGACACUCUCAACACCAAGCUAAUCAGAGGGCUGGGCAACUCCCACCAUGAUGCUGUCAGGGUACCCUUCAUCCUGCUGCCAGAGUCUCAGAACGAAGGACAGUUUGCUUUCAGUAUUGAAAGUAUUUCUAUGUCACAGAAGAUGAGGGGGACACUUACGUACAUCAUCAAGUCUGGCGAUGGCUCAACACAUGAAAAACUUGACUUUAAGCUUCACCUUCCAUGUAGCUCCUACCUUGUCACAACACCAUGCAAGAGUGAUGAAUUUGCCGAGUUACUAGCCAGUGGAGACUUGCCAGAGAAGGGCUCCUGUAAGCUGACGCCAGUAGACACCGAGUUCCCACAUGUCCUUGCCAAAAUGUGCUUUCACCUGCAUUUCAGAUUAAUAGAACAAGUUGAUAAAAGUGCUUCAUUAUUCAGCAAGUCCAUUCAAGGUCACCCUGUCUGCUUACUGGUCAAAAUGGUAAAUGGUAGUCUGAAUGUUGAUGGGAAGAGUUCAGAGAGCAAGUUGUUGUCAGGAUUGUUAGACGAUAUAAAAUCUUUGUUGACAGAGGAGUCUUAACACUGAGUCAGCACAUAAUUUAUUGUGAUUCCAGACAUUGUGAUGAAUACUACAGAUACAUAUUUCAUUCUACGGUCUUCUUCUCGGCUUUUUAUGGACCACGACGUGUGAUGCAUCAUCGCCAGGGCGGAGGUAUCCUCACCUCGGGCAUGCUGUGACCAAGAUGGAUGAUUCCACAUGUUCAGGAUUCAACUAAUUUCACUGUGAUUACAGGGAUACAGGCACUGUUUGGAAACUAUGAGAGCUUUUCAUUUGUAAAUUUGUUUUGAGCUCAAGUUUUAGGAGGCAUCAGUGGUCAUCAUGAUGGAAAUGUGAAGAUUCUGAAGUUGAACAUUACCUCAGAAUGCUGUUCUGUUCGAUGCUGUCAAGAUUGAUGGUUAGGACAAAACCAGGAUCAUGACUUGACCAGUGAUGAACACUGAUAAAAUUGUUUGCUAGAAAAGCUCUUUGGUGCAUGCCAUAUUAAUCAGUUACAGGGAAAUGAAUGAUCAGUUUUCUUUGAAAUAUAAUCAGAUAUUGUGAAAUAUUAUUAAGGAAUCAACUGCAUGGACAGAUUAUUUUAAUGAGUAUUAUGUAAUUUGUCAGACAAUUUGACUGCCUUCUGUAUUAAAUUCUUAUGUUAA